GUGGAGGGCGGGGGAGAGGCGGGACGAGAGGGGCACGCGGGGGUGGUGGUGGAAGGGCAAGAGGCUAGGAGGACUUGGGCGAGUGCGUGUCAGAAAGAAUUGGAUCCGCUUGUUUUUUGGCUGGAAUCCUGGGAUGGAUUAAAGGUGUACGGCGUCCGUCGAUACUGAGACUUGUUGCGUGAAGUAGGAAGUUCAUCCUUGAGAUCGACUUUGCUUGUACACCAAGUUGCGAAGUAAUAUCAAGACCCUUGCACUGGGCUAUUCUCCAUUGACAAUAUCUAUUGCUACCUGCAGUCUCAUGCCGCCGAAGAUAGUUACGUGCCAAGCUUCCGGCCAACGGAACCUCAUACCGAGCAAGCAUGAAUCAUGGCAAACCCUCACAAGUGGCGACCCCACCAACCAUGAAAUGAUGAACCUCCUCGACUCCUCGUUAUCCACCGUCUCUCUUGCACCACCUUCAAUUGCGCCCUCUAUUCCAUACCGUAUCUCAUGUCGCUGAGACGCACCGUGCACCCCAACACCAUCUACAAUCUUCCCCGCAGCUUCCGGGGAUGCCUCAAAUACUCCAUCUUGAGCUCGUCGCCACCACCAGCGGGGGAGGCCGGGACCGCCCAUAGCCAUACGACCGAAGCCGCCCGGAAACGCAUUCCACCCGCAGCGGAUGGCUGCAAUCCAGACGAAGAAGAAUCCGCGCUCGCCCGGCGCUUCACCGCGAUGGCUGAAGACGCCGUUCUGUCCUCACCGCACAAAACUCCAGACUCCAGCACCACCGCCGCAAUAUCCGACGACCUCAAGUCCGCGCUUCUAUCCCGCGUUGCCGCGGCCGAGUUCAGCAGCACGCACGCACGCGCCAUCUCCAUCUCCGCGCUCCCCUCCUCGGCGUCAAAACACACGCGGGACCUCGCCGCCACGCGCCCCUGGGACGGCACCGAAUCGCAGGAAGACGCCGUGCUCCGCAUGCUCACCGAUGCGCACAAGCCGCUGCGGCAAAAGCCCAUUCCGCAGACUGUCGAUCUACGCCCGCACAGCACGUUUGGUCCGCGGCCUGCACGGGCGGAGCGCGUGGCGGGGGCAAGGGACGGCGCGCUGGAGUACUCGCUCACCAAGGAUGCCAACUUGUCGUCCGACGAGCGGGCGCAGGUCCGCGCUAUGUUCUGUGAGCGGUUCCAGCCGGCUGGCAGGCCCAUGGCCGCCGCGAGCGUCUCCGCUCUAAUGUCCCUCGCCGACCAGCGGAUUGAGGAUGCGCGUGCCCGUGGCCAGUUCGAUAAUAUCCCCCGGGGCCAGCCGAGGGUCGAAGAUCACAAUGCGCGCUCGCCGUUCCUCGAUACCACGGAGUACUUCCUGAACAAGAUGAUCAGGAAGCAGGAGAUUCUCCCGCCAUGGGUGGAGAAGCAGCAGGAGCUGGGGAGGGAGGCGGAGGGGUUUAGGGUGCGGAUCAGGAGUGAUUGGAAGAGGAGGGUGGCGAGGGGAAUUGCUGCGAGGGGUGGCACGCUGGAAGAUAUGUGUGCACGAGCGGAGAGGUAUGCACAGGCGGAGGCGAGGAGGGUGAAGUUGACACGGGUGGAGAAGAUGUUGCAGCUGGGCGAGGAGGUGUCGGAAGAGGAGACGGCGGCGGCGUAUGCUCCCGGACCGACAGAGGUCUUCCGAGACGCCGAGUGGGAGAAGACAGAGCUGAAAUACAACCAACUGUGCAUCGAUAAUUUGAACUCGCUGUGCAGGAGCUACAAUAUGAUGGCGCCAGAGAUCGCUAGGAAACCCAUAUUCACUCUGGAGAGGGAGCUGGACCGCUGUUUUGCUGAUGUGGCACCACAAGUGGCGGAGGAGAUACUGGAGAGGGCUAGGAGGCCGGAACUACCGAAGAUGACGGUCAAGGGGAAAGAAAGGUCGGGGUUGGUGAGGAGUUUGGGAAUUGGGGAGGCACAUCAGGCGAAGGUUUAUGACAGUGAGAAACCUAAUUAUGGGUUCAAGGACUUUUGGAAGGAUCUGUUUGGGCGGAAGGAGGCUUCUUAGCCUGUAUAUAGCUGAAGGCUUGAAGUGCGGCUAUGAAUAGCCAGUUUUACUUGAUCUUCAAGCUCUUUUAACGCAAAAUAUAGUUUCCAACUGCGCAAAGCUGGCUG